AUGAAGAGAGAUGCGACACCUGAGCUCAUGCUGGACCCUCCGAGUACCCCGAAGAUGAAGUGUGUGGUUUCUGGGCUGGAGAAGUUCCUCAAGGAAUGGAAGGAAGGAAAGAAGAUGUCGCUUGACGAGUGGGAGAGUGCUUAUGGUAAGGUAGACGGGGGGACAGAAAGCGAUGCCCUCGCCUUCAUGUGUGAAGAAGCUGAAGCUCUCGCAAUGGACGACAUGGACGACGAUGCUCUUUCGAAGUAUUACGACAUCUUCAUGAUCAACCGCAACCAUGCUCGAACGCUUCACAGCUUCGCCGUCUUCCACCAUCGCAAGGCUCAGGUAGGGGUCGCGCGCAUCCUAUAUGAACACUGCUUGAAGAUCAGCCCUCGCCGCUGGAAGACGAGCUUCAACCUAGCCCGGCUUGAGCAGGACAACAAGAUGCAGGAGGAAGCAUGUGCUCGCUAUGAGGAAAUCAUCAAGGCCGCAGAGUGCGACGACAAGACUCGAUGCGACUCUCUCGCAUACCUCGCUCUGCUUCACCAGGAGCACCACCAGGACUACUGCAAGGCUUGCGAUCUCUACAAGCAGUCGCUAAGGAUCACUCCGAACCACAUCUACAGUCUUGACCACUUGUGUGCUCUCCUCCAGUCUUGUGGGAUCAGCGAUGAUUCGAAACAGCUUCAUGAGUACGUGUGUGAACUUGACGGGGAGCACGGGUUGCGGUGGUGCCCCUACGGUAACAGUCUCUUCAGUGGCGAGAGGCUAGUGAAAAAUAAGACGGAAGUGAUCAAAAGCCUUCCUGAGGACCUUCGAACUCAGAUCGUCGACUUGCUCAAGGAAAUAUCAGAGCAUGUGCCCAAUACACCGACAAAAACGUCCUCGCGGAACGAGAGGCUGUCGUCCAUCAAAUCCUUCUCCAGCAUUAUCACCAGCAAGAACUUGCGACGCAACACGGAUUUGAAGAGCAGCAUGCUGCUGCCGGAAGAGGGGCUGUUGACGUCCGGGUGGAUGAAGAAGCGAGGAUGGUACGUGACUUCCUGGAGAGAUCGCUUCUUCGUUAUCAAAGGCCGAGCGCUGGAGUACUACGUGACCGACAAGAACCACCAUAACGAGCAGCCAAGAGGAACUAUCUGGCUGGCCGGUUGUGAGGUGGAGGACAGGGGCAAGGUUGACAACCUGUUCCUCUUUGCUGUGCUGGACAAGGUGGCCAAGAGAACGUACGAAUGCGCCUGCGAGUCCGACGAGAGCCGUCAAAGUUGGAUGUCAAGCAUUCGAGAGGUUGCCUGGGGUGACAGGCGUCAUGCCCUCGAGCGUGCGGGGUCCUUCUUUGAGUCUUUCGUCUCUACAGCGCAUGAGCAUCCCGAUGCACACGGAGGAUCGUUUGCGCUCGGAGGGAUCGUGAAGAAGCGAGGAUGGUACAACACGUCAUGGCAGGACCGCUACUUCCUGCUCAAGGAGAACGUGCUGGAGUACUACGCGAGCGUUCAGGCCUUCGAGUCAAGGUCGCAACCGCGAGGCAGCAUCAAUAUCUUCGAUUGUGUGGUGGAGGAAAAAGGUUCCAACGGGAAGAUUUGGGAAUUCACUAUCCGAGACAAGGUCAAGAAGAGAACUUAUGAAUGUGCGUGUGCGACGGAGAAGGAGAGGUCGGAAUGGGUGUCUACCAUCCGACAGGCGUCAAGAGUUUGA